CAGAAUCGAGACUAUCCUCUUCAUCUCAGCACCUCUCCCCUUGACAUCUCCCUCCAUCUCUUCGACAUCCCAUCUCUCACCCAACCUUCAACAGACAGCCCGCCCUCCUCAAAAUGGUCAACUUCCUCCGCGCCGCUGGCCUCCUGGCCCUCGCCCCCCUCGCCGCCGCUGCUCCGGCCGCCACCGAGUCCAACCUCGACGUGAGAGCAGCGGACGCCGUCCCCUUCUCCUUUGCGAAGUGGGCCGACGACAUCAUCGCCAACCCCAACGGACAGCACCCCUCGCCCGAGGAGGCGAUGGCCCUGGCCUUCAACCAGACCUCGACCGAUGGCCUCGAGAAGCGUCAGGCUGAUGUCUCCUGCGAGUUCAACAGACCUGGCCAAUCCGCCUCUGUCGCCGACGCCGUUUGGUGCAUCGACUUUAUCGCCCAGCGCGCCAACGUCCAGUGCAGGGCCGUCGUCUCCGGGACCUCCUUCUGCAGACGCGGCCAGGCCCAGAUCACCGGCGUGGCAUUCGGCGGCAACCCUCCCCGGGACACCUCGAGCCCUUGCGGCAACGUCGCCCGCUCGGCCGGCGCCAUCAUGGACGCCUGCACGCGCAACGGCCUCGUCUACGGACAGAACAACGCCUGGGGCAACGGCAACAUGGCCGUGCAUAUCCGCUCCCCUUACUGAGCGGGCUGCGGGGAGGAGCUGGAAGCUGAUGCAUUUUCAUGAUUCAUGUACAUAGCAG